UCGAGGAGGCGAGCUCACGCAAUGUCUGCCAUUCUCUCCGCCGACGACCUAAAUGACUUCAUUAAUCCGGGCGUCGCGUGCAUCAAGCCUGUCGAGAAUCUCCCGCAGCAGCAACCACAGGAUUCUGGAAACCCGUAUGAAGUUACGACAGAGGAUAAGGUGAAUAGUGGGACGAUUGCUGCGCCGGCACAGAUCUCGCUCACGGAUUGUCUGGCAUGCUCGGGAUGUGUUACCAGUGCCGAAGCGGUUCUGGUCUCGCUACAGAGCCAUGGGGAAGUGUUGGAUACACUGGACCGAUACCAUGAGAUGCGACUACCUAGGGUGAAUGGGGACGCAGGCUGCAAGAAAGAGCAAUGUUGUGGCGACGGCAAGAUCUUUGUGGCGAGCGUGAGUCCUCAGGCACGAGCCAGUCUGGCUGCAACAUACAGUGUGUCAGAGCGAGAGGCUGGGUACAUGAUCAGUCAGUUGCUGAGUGGUCCUUUGGGCGUCAGGAGUGGCGGAAAGAAUGGGAGCGGUUUCGCAUGGGUUGUGGACACAAAUGCUAUGCGAGAAGCAAGUCUUGUUGCGGCUGCUGAAGAGGUGGAACAGUCUCUAGUACAACUGCCGGAAGGACAAAAGAAGCCUGUUAUUACUUCGGUCUGCCCUGGGUGGGUAUGCUAUGCCGAGAAGACGCACCCACACAUGCUGCCGCAUUUGAGCAAGCUGAAGUCGCCGCAAGCGUUGACAGGUGUUCUGCUCAAGUCGGUUCUUGCCAAGCAGUUUGGAGUCAAGCCGCAGAAUUUAUGGCAUCUCGCCAUCAUGCCCUGUUUUGACAAGAAACUGGAAGCAUCACGAGCCGAGCUCACUUCCCAUCUCUGGCACGGACAAGAAGGAGAUGCCGUACGCGAUGUGGACUGCGUAAUUACUGCUCGCGAAUUGUUGAUGCUUGCUGAGAGCAGAGACAUCAGCUUCCCAGGACUUCCUAAACAUCCAGUCGGCGAUCUACCUCCAUUUCCGGAGCCAGCCGUGAAUGAAUUUCUUCUUGGACUACCUCGAGGUCAGAAACGAAAACGAGAGGACAUGGACGCAAUUGGUACAUCUGGAGGCUAUCUUUGGCACAUUCUCAAGACGAAGCAAGCACAACACGUUGGCUCUCAAAUCAGGUCACAGCGAGGCCGCAACAAUGAUGUGUCAGAAUAUAGCGUUGUUUUAGCAGAUGGCGAACCAGUCUUCAAAGCAGCUCGCUACUACGGCUUCCGAAAUAUUCAAAACCUCGUUCGAAAGCUCAAACCAGUAAAAGCCAGUCGGAUGCCAGGUGCGACAGGUAGAAAAUUUGGAACAUCAAGACGGCCAGGAGCGGCAUCCGCUGGCGGCGAUUCCAACGACUACGCCUACGUCGAAGUCAUGGCGUGUCCUGGUGGCUGCACAAACGGCGGAGGACAAAUCAAAGUAGGCGACGUGCCCACUCUACGACAAAUACCUGGCACUGGAAUUGAGAAUGGCAGCGACCAAGAAAUGAUUCCCGAGCAGCGCGAAUGGUUGUCGAAAGUUGACGAAGCUUACUGGAGCGCCGAGUCAGGCAACGAAAGUACAGACGUGGAUGGUGACGUGCAGAUGGAGCAUUCUCCUGCACGGGAUUCAGUGAUAUCUGGCGCCGGCGAUUCCGAAAUUGUGGAUGGCAUAGAUCACCGACGAGUGAAGGACUUUUUGAAGCAUUGGGAGAGCAUAACAGGCGUGAGCCUAGACAUACUGCUGAAGACUACGUAUAGAAUAGUAGAAAGCGACGUCGGGAAAGAGAAAGGUGGCGGAGACGUGGAUAGAGUAUCUGCUCUAGCACAUGCCGCAGGCGGAGGAUGGUAGACCAGACCACAGUCAAUGAUAUACGGAUUCAACCAAAUAAAGCCGGCAUGAUGAAGAGCGGCAUGAUG